AUGUAUUCAAAUAAUGGACCGAAAGUACCCAAUGUCAAGGAUAGUUAUUUGAUUCCACCAAACCCAGGAGCCGAAACUCCAACUGAUAUUGGUUAAUCAGCCAUUUAACAUGAUAUCCAAGUACUACCCAUUCACAUGAAAGAAGCAAUAACUGAUGAUAGACUCUUAUCAAUACUUAUUUGUCCUAAAGGGUAUGAAAUGUUUGUCCAAAACAUGCAAACCAACUUAACUAUUGCUGUAAGUAUCAAAGCUUAAAGUACUUUGCUAUAAUUUUGUAAUGAAAUGAAUAUAGAUCCACUUGAAUUCAACAUAUUCACUCUCACAGAAUAUAUGGAUACAUUUUAUUCAUGUAUUUACAAUGAUUACCCAAUGCCCCCUAAUCUCACAAAAGAAACAUACCUUAAAGUUGACUCUCUCUAUGCCCUAACAAUUGCAUUAUAGCUCUAUUAAACUCAGCAGUAAACUAUUUAAUUAUUAAGAUAGCCAGGUCGAUGUCUUUUCUUCACCAUUUUUCGAAUCUUUACUCUCCUAUUUUGAUUCAGCAUUGACUUAAUAGGCAGAUAAAAAUCAAAAAUAUAUCAUUUAUUCAGCUCAUGACAUAAAUGUGUAAUUGAUUGCUUCAGCUUUAAAUUUUACAUCAGCCGAAUGCAUGGCUUAGGUUUACUUGGGCCAAGAAGUCAGUAACAAGAAUUGUAUUUACACUUAUCCUGGAUUUGCUUCUAACAUUAUUUGGGAAUUAUGGGAAGAGGAAUAGACCCAUGAUCAUUACAUUAAAGUUCUUUAUAAUGGCACUGAAAUGAACAUAUGCAAUACGGAUUCGAAGAAAUGUUCUUAUAAAAUCUUUAAAUAGUUGAUUGAAAAUUAGAGGAGAGAUUUCUAAAAAGAAUGCUCAGUUGAGAUUGAACCAAUUGUAAUUAAUUAAUUAAACAUAAAUUUUAGAUCGAAGAGAAAGUUCCUGUUUGGAUGAUAACAUUAUCUAUCAUAUUUCUAUUCAUUUUGUUCUCAAUGAUUUUAUAUAUUUUAUGCCUCAGCAAAAAAUUAAGGGAAAAUGGUAAAACUAAGUUAAAUGAAGAUAAAGAACCUUGA